GGAUGCUAAUAGAAUCUCAACUUCAAAAUGAAAAACUAUGAUUUCAAGUAGUGGAAAGGCAACAUUGGAUACACUAAAUGUGUUGAAAUUCAAUCUUAACUUUUAUUCAAGAAAGCAAGCCUUCCACGCCAUAGAAUCACAAACACAAAGUCCGACUUUUGUCCCUAGUACGACACAAACAUGUGAAUCUCAAGAGUCAAUCUCCCAUCUCUUUGGUAGGCAUAAAUGAAUUGAACUAUUAUAUUCCUAAGAUUAAUAACCAAGCAUAAAAAAAUCAAGUGGCCAUGGAAAAUGGAGAAAUCAAGAGUAUCAGACAAAGCCACGUAGCUCCACUCCAGGGCAACCACAACGACCAAUCACUGCUGACCUCAAAUUUUCACUUAUAAGCCCUGAGCAACUCCUCGUUCAUGGCGGAUAAUCGUCGAGGUCGCCGUCGAUCCUAUAAAUUUGAGGUUCAAUUGAACGAACUAACCGGCGGCGACGAUGGUGGCGAUUUCUCCGUCUCACGGGGGGUUCCCAUCGCAAUUAGGGCAGGGAUGGAAGUCUGUAAGGGGGAGGCCUGAUAGGAGGAGCUCCAAUUUGAGAGUAAUGGCGGAGAAGGGCGAGGAGAGAGAAAGCGUCGGAGGAGAGAAUAAGAAAUCGCUGUUCAGCAGUGUGACGGAGGCGUUGGAUUUCUCGGCAGUGCGAUCGAGUCGCGACGCCGAGCUCCUCGACGAUGCCCGCCAGGCCACCAAAGCGGGCGGCAGAAUGACCCGUGAACAGUACGGAGCUUUAAGAAGGAAAAUUGGAGGGACCUACAAGGACUUCUUCAAAUCUUACAUCGAAGUGGAUGGACAAUAUGUUGAAGAAGGGUGGGUGGACAAGACAUGCAAGGUGUGCAAGAAGGACACAAGAGGAGAAGCAAGACAAGUUGACAAACUUGGAAGAUACGUUCAUGUUGCUUGUUUGGAGAAAUCCAACUCUUCCUCGGGGAAUUUCUUUUCCAAGCUCUUCUCCAAAUGAAAACAAAAUCCACUGCAUGCUCAGACGAAACUGGAGAUCUCAGUCAAGCUCGAGUCGUCCACCUCCACGUUGAGCCUCUUUUGAUGGAAUUUAUGUCCUAAAACUCGUAGUUUGUAAUAAUAUUCUAUUCAAUGAAGUCGUUAUUGAGAAAUUGAAUACUAUAAUCUUAAAUCCAAUAAACAAAGAUCCCAAGGCUAUUUUGAGUAAA